AUGCCCGGCGAAGAAACCAUUCUCGACGGCCCUGUCACCCCUGCGCCCGUCUUCGCCUACCGCGCGCUGAAAGGCAUCUUUUUCGCCUCGCCCGAGUCCUCCCCCGAAAACGAAAACAAAGAGAACCUCACACCUGCAUAUGCGACUUCGCCUUCGCCUGAGAAGCGGAAGAUCAUGGACGGAGCAGUGCAGCUGACGCCCUCGCAGAAGCGCAAGCGCGACAGCGGCGGGGCAAUCCUGUCGCCGACGAAGGGAAUUCUGCGCACACCAGGCCUCGCGACUCCGAGGACGAAGUUCCUGAAGGAUAUUAAUGUCAAGUUCAAGAGUGUCAGUCCGGAAGAGGCGGAGAAGCAGAAGAAGAUUGAGGCUGCAACGGUGGGUGCUGGAGACAGAUUGUCAAGGACAAAGGCGGGAGAGUGUGCUGUUCGAGGCUCAAGGCCGAUGAAUGACUUUACUGCGCCUGCGAAGAAGGCUCCUCAGUCUCCAGUAAAAGCUGAACAAGGAACUGCAAAGGAAAAUCGGGUGGUGUCUAAUGGCACGACCGCUCUCUCGUCUUGCGCCUUCGAAGCGUACAUGGCACAGACGGAGAAGGAGAUGAAGAGAGUUGUCAAAUACGGUCAGAAAAUGCGAGAGUAUGCGCGCAAGAAGGAUGCGGAGAACCAGGAGUUGAGGGGCAUGAUUGAACAGCUGCGGCGCGAGAAUGAGAGGUUGUUACGUGCACGGCCGUGCCAUAGCGAUCAACCAGCACCAGAGACGCAGUCCAGACACGAGGCUGAGAAGAGCGAUGACAACAUUGCCAGAGGGCCAGAAGGAUAUGUCCGUGAAGAAGUGGACCGCGUCGAGGCGAGGAGUCAGAUCCGGGUCGGCCAGAAGAGCCGCGCAGAUGGGAUCAAGGAGUCGCACAAGGUGGAUAUGUCAACAGCGAGUACAAGCGCAAGAGUUGCGUCUGUAUCCUCGAAUGGCCAAGAGCAAGACCGACGCUCCGGAGUACCUAUAUCGUCUUCUGAGCGACGAAUUGGAUCUGCAUCCGUGGCUGAGCCUGCGAAGACCGGCAGGCGAACUGGCCAAGAAGAAAUUCUUCUGCCCAUGCGCUCAGCUUCCGGCACGGCAAGUCAUACAAACAUGUUCACCAAGGACAACACCAACACCAACACCAGCGCAGUCGCAGCGGGAAGCACACGUCUCGCACCAGAUCGCCUUGCUGCGGCCCGGGAGCGAUUACGUCUACGUGCCGAAUCGAGAAGGGUUAGUGCCGAGCAGCAUGGUCAUGGCCAUGGCUAUGCAGACGGACAGAGGGACGCUAUUCUGAUCGAGAUUGAGCCGGAUGAUGCCAUUGCUGGGUCGCGGAGUUCUCACAGGGCUAAACAUGAGAGUCGUGAGCAGAGCCUGGUGGACUGGGUCAAUCUGUGA